AUGGAAAAACAGUAUUGGAAGCUACUUGACUUGCCAAAUCAGGAAGGCGCCGAGGAUUCGAAUGAAUACGUUGUGAGAAUUAUACACCUUCUUGAGGAGACGUCACCAUGUCCUCCUCCGUCCGGAGGAAUUGGAGCGUUGCUUAGUUCAACAAUGAUGGGGCGGACCAUGGAAACCCGAGUUGAUCAAAGUCUUUACGACUCUAUAAAAAGCCGGAAAACGGAAGAGUUACAAAAAGACUGCGAAAAUCUGUACGUGCAACUCUAUAAGUUAAUACGGAAGUACCAGGGAUUAAGGAAAAUCAUCAAGGUGAGAGUUAAACUAAAGAACGAGGCUAAGCGAAUGAGAUAA